AUGGCUCCCAAGAUUGCCAUCGUCUUUUACUCCCUCUAUGGCCACAUCCAGAAGUUGGCCGAGGCUGAGCAGAAGGGUGGUCAAGCCGACAUCUACCAGAUCGGUGAGACUCUCUCCGAGGAGGUCCUGACCAAGAUGCACGCCCCUGCCAAGUCUAGCUACCCCAUUGCCGAGCCCAACGACCUCUUGCAGUACGAUGCUGUCCUGUUCGGUAUUCCUACCCGCUACGGUACCUUCCCUGCUCAGUGGAAGACUUUCUGGGAUGCCACUGGUUCUAUCUGGGCCACUGGUGGUUACUGGGGCAAGUACGCUGGUCUUUUCAUCUCCACCGGCACCCUCGGUGGUGGCCAGGAGUCCACUGCCAUUUCCACUAUGAGCACCCUCACCCACCACGGUUUUGUCUACGUUCCUCUGGGCUACAAGCACACCUUUGCCCAGCUGGCUAACCUGGAGGAGAUCCACGGUGGUAGCCCUUGGGGCGCCGGUACCUUUGCUGGUGCCGAUGGUUCUCGUCAGCCCACUGCCCUUGAGCUGUCCAUUGCUGAGGCCCAGGGUAAGACCUUCUACGAGACUUCGAAGCCCAAGACCUCGACCCUUGCUGUGGAUGAUGCUGCGAAGAACACUGAGCAGUCAUCCCAGGGACAGCAGGGUACCCAGCCGGCUGUGAAGGAAAAGAGCAAUGAAGGACCAUGUGGUUUGCCUAAAAAGUGCGCCAUCAUGUAA